AGCCAGCCCAGCCCGCAAGCAUUGUACCGUCCAGAGGCAAAGCCUCUGUCCCGCCGGCAAGAGAGAGACCGGCUCGCAUGCAGGGAUCAAGACACCAAUGCCAGAGACUCCGCUGGGAGUGAGUCUCCUUCCACCCGCCCGGCCUUUGGCCCAGCACGGAAUGUUUCCAGGGUUACGAGGAGUUAACGCCGGCCCUGCCAAGCCCCCGGGCCAUCCCAAGGAGGAUAUAAAUUAAGAGAUGAGCCACCUUCCUUUCAGAAGCCAACCCGGCUUAAUUGGGGAAGGAUGGACUCAUCCCAGCUCCUCUGCAGCGUCUCGCUCCUCCUCCUGCUCAGACCCGCUGUCUCCCAGCCAGCGGAAGGCAAGAGGCCCCUGCUGAUGGAAGAGCCACAGCCGGGUACCAGCAUCAGGGACCUGCUCUGGGCGCUCCUAGAGACACACGUGCCAAAGGGACCUUCCCUGCACAUCCCGGAUGACCCUAGAAACCUGCUGCCCUACGCCUCCCCCGGGCCGGCCAAGCGCCGUCAGAAACGGAGGCCGCUGGCCGGCAGCCGCUUGUGGGAGCAGCCAGAGGAGCAGGAGUGCCGGCUGCGGAGUUUGCUGCUGCGCGUCAAGGACCUGGCCCUGGGCUACGACUCCGAGGAGACCAUCCUGUUCAAGUAUUGCAGCGGGAGCUGCCCCAAGGCCCGCACCAACCACGACCUGACGCUCUCCAUGCUGCUCCAGAAGAGCGAGAUCCCGGCCCUGGGCGACGAGAAGAUCGUUGGCGACCCCUGCUGCCGGCCAACGCACUACGAGGACGUGGCCUUCCUAGACAACAGCCACCAGUGGCACGAGGUGGAGAAGCUCUCGGCUUCUGCCUGCUCCUGCGUGGGCUGAUGCUGCUGGCGGGAGGGUCUCUCAGCAGGGCGCGCAUAGCUCCAGUGUUAGAGCAGGCAGCUCCUUCCUCCCACACCCUAGAACCCGUAGCCUGAGAGGAGACCAAACUCCACCCCACAGAUCCCACAGGAUGGGGGCCGUGGCUUCCCCCUUGAAGGGCACCCUCGAGGGGUGGGAGAAGGGAACGGCUACUACCACUACCGGGGAUGUCAAUCAAAACAACAACGACGUUCACCUUACAAUGCCAGGCCAACCCCCUCCUUCCACUCAGCCGCCAGCCCCAUCCUGUUUCUUUGCAUUACUGAGAUGCUAGCGUGUUUGCUAAGGCCUGGAACCUCAAAGGCAUUUAGGCUCCCAACUUCCACUGAAACCAAUGGGAGUUAGGAGCCUGAAUACCUUGGAGGAUCUGAGACUGAGAACCUGCCUGGAGGAGGCGUGCAUGGCUCAUCUACACGCAGGUGCAGGGGGAGAGCUGGACGAUACAAGAGAUAUUUAUGGAUUCCUAAGUUAUUUAUUUAUUUGGUUUCUUCCACUAAGGGCAGGGAGGGCCAGGGAUCUCAUUCCCGCCACCUCCCGACCUGAGCUUGUUAGAGUCCCCUUUUAAUUUAUUGCUUCUUUCCGCUAGUAGAGAGUCGGGGAUUGUAUUUGUUUGCUCGUUUUCAGGCAUGUCUUGGGAACGGCUGAAACGUACAUGGUGGUUUCAGACUAAUAAA